UAAUUAAAUUAAAUUAUUGUAUUGUGGCCGGUAAAGAAAAAAAAUAAGUAAACCGAAAAUCAGUAAGAAUCAAUUCCGGUUUAAGGAUAAAAAUACAAGUUGGCGACUAGUUGGCAACUUGGCAUGUUAACAGUGUGUGUUUUCAUCAAAGUGAGCUAUGAGUUCUCGUUAUCGGGUAUCCCAUUAAAAUUGGGAAGGCCCUAAGCAAGCGGCCCAUUUAGGGCCCGUUUGGUGGUGAAACAAGUCGUUUUCCCGGAAAAAAAAUAAAUAAAAUAAAAUUCCGAACAGAGUGGCAUCACCGGAGAUGGAGACAAAGACAAUAUCGGCGGAAGACGUUGGCAUCGGCGUUGAUCUAUCUCCGCCGCUCUCUCCUCUCACCUUCUCUCUCUACGACUCCUUCCUCUCCUCUCACUGCUCAUCCUGCUUCUCCCUCCUCCCCCCUACUCCGCCGCACCCUCUCUACUGCUCCGCCGCUUGCUCCCUCGUCGACGAUUCCCCCACCGUCUCUCCUCCGGACCUAUCCCCGAUUCUCUCAACCUCCGACAUUCGAGCAGCUCUCCGUCUCCUCAACUCCAUCUCCUCCUCCUCCGCCGCCGCCUCUUUGCCGCACCGGUUCGGCGGCCUUCUCACCAACCACCGCCGCCUCAUGGCUGACUCUUCCUUCUCCGUCGCCAUCCGACGCGCCGCCAGUUUCAUCUCCGCCGUUCUGAGGUCCGACCGGGGAAACACCGUGUUGGAGGAAGCGGCUAUAUGCGCCGUGCUAACGAACGCCGUGGAGGUGCAAGAUAGAGCCGGAGUUGCUAUAGGGAUCGCAGUUUAUGGCUCGCGAUUCUCGUGGAUCAACCACAGCUGCUCUCCAAACGCUUGUUACCGUUUCGUGAUCUCUCCUCCUCCUCACAGCACCACAACGUCGUCGUUUCAGGAAACUCUUCCUCGCAUCACCAACACAGACAAGGAACAUUUUAGCAGCAAUUACGAAGGUGCAGUGAGAUAUGGACCAAAGGUAAUUGUUAGAAGCAUCAAGGGGAUCAAGAGUGGUGAAGAGAUUACUGUAUCAUACAUCGACUUACUGCAACCAACGGGAUUGAGACAGUCAGAUUUGUGGUCCAAAUAUCGAUUUAUUUGUAACUGUGGAAGAUGUGCAGCAUCACCUCCCGCUUAUGUGGACUCUAUUCUAGAGGGAGUUGUUGCCUUGGAUCAUGAUGAACUAACAACCGUUGGUCAUCAUGAUGGAGCCGCCACGGUGGGAAAGAUGACCAGUCACAUCAAUAAAGCCAUAGAUGAUUUUCUAUCAGACGACAUUGAUCCUGCGACAUGUUGUGAGAAGAUUGAGGGUGUUCUCCAUCACGGCAUUCUGGAUUCUUCUUCACUGCGGUUACAUCCAAGUCACCAUGCCGCUCUGCAUGCCUACAUUACUCUGGCUUCUGCUUACAGAAUCCGUUCGAUUGAUUCUGAAACUGAUGACUUUGGGAGGGCUUUUGAGAUGAGCAGGAUAGGUGCAGCCUACUCUCUCUUCCUUGCAGGUGUCUCUCACCAUCUCGUCUCGGCAGAACUUUCUUUUGCUAUUUCUGCUGCAAAUUUCUGGACAAGAGCUGGAGAGUCCUUGUUGGAGCUUGCCUCCAAGUUUCUGAUGGAGUCUUCUGGAGAAUAUGAUGAUGAUGAUGUCAAAUGCAGCAAAUGUCUUAUGCUUGUUGAAAACCAUGGAGAAAUCAAAGAAAAUUUUAACCAGAUUCUCAAGUGUGCAGUCACUGACAGUGACAGCUCACAAGUCGCAUGGAGUUUCCUCACUCGCGGUUGCCCUUACCUGCAAAAGUUUAAGAGUUCAGUUGAUUUCAGCUUUACGGGGAACCAUUGCAAGAGAGAAGAAUCGAAGAGUGUAGACCAAAGGGUAAGCAUUCUCCUACUCUCUUUUCAUUGCUUACUUUAUGCAGACCUUCUGACUGAUUUAUGUUACGGUCGGAAGUCACAUUCGGUGUCUUAAUCUAUAGCUUUGAUAUUGAGGAUUAUGUAUUUUUUGUAUUGUUUCAUGUCAUUUGUUAAUUAAUUUGAUUCAAGGAAAUGUUUACUCA